AUGGCUAGUGAACCUUCGAGCGCCACUAUAGCCAGUGAACCUUCGACUAGCACUUCGGAAAUUCAAACAAAUACUCCAGAGCCUUCCCAACUCGAAGUACUUGCAUUAAAUUAUCUUCGAAAUCAAGAGAUUUCAACUAUUUCCACCAGUAUUCCAAAACUCAAUCCUUGCAGUAUUUGCCAAAAAGCAAUCUUAACAUAUCGAUUUCAAUCGUUCGUUGUGUUAGAUUGCGAACACAUUUUCCACCGCCAAUGUCUUGAGAAGUAUAUUUUGCAAGCAGAAACAAAUCCUUUUACUCUUACAUGCCCUUCGUGUGAGAUAAUCAUUACAUUGACUAGAGAAGAAGCAGUACUCGCCUCUGGAAAAUAUCAUCUUCAGAAAAAACAAACUGACACUGGAGAGGAUGAUGAGGAGCUCAUGGCUUCGCUAGGAUUGGUAGAAGGUGACUCUCGUGCUGGUCAGGGGAGUCAGUCGAAGCAAGUCACUAUGCAGGAUCAGGCGACAAGCCCAAUCAUGAUUGAGGAUGAUGCUUCUGAAAAUAAUGAUGAAAGGACACCAGAUGCAUCAAACCGCUCCGCCAAUGUACAAACCAAUGAUGACACUCGAAACCUAUCAUCUCAACAGUCAUCGAGAGGAUCCUCUCCAAGGAAUACGCGUUCGCAGGAUAGAUUUCAAGAAUUAUUGCGAGAACUAUCUACACCUGUCAGGGGAGAACCAGUUGAAGCCAAUGAUGAAGAGGAAACAGGGGAAGAUUCGGUUCCAAAGAGCUGUGAAGAUAGAGUUAAGGCGAUUAGGGAAAGUGAUAGUAGGUUGAAUGGACAGCAGGCCAUGACUCAAGUAUACAAUGAGGUUAAGGCGCAUCUUCCAGAUAUUACAAUGGCGAAUUUGCGUAAGAAAACCCAGAAAGCUAGGGUCAUUUACAAAUACCCUCAGGAAGAAAUUCCCACGGUGGAUUCGAAAGUGACGCACGAUAUAAAAGCAGUUAACAGGUAUCCUGAAAAUUCAUAUGAGGAUGCGCAUCAGAUAAGUUUAGAAAUUUCGGAAGAGUUCGAAAAAACCGUUCCCUCAGAGAACGAUCAGAGUUAUGUGACUUCAGUUAAGCCAGAUCUCGAAGUAUCCAUGGAGCAAGAUGAUGAGCAGGAAUUGCUAGAUAAAAAUCAAAUCAUAGAACAGGGUCUAAUACAAGAGCUGUGUGAUACCUUGCCUUUAGCGCCUUCGGCUAACACCUGUUCACCCAUAUCCAGUGAUGACAAUAUCAACUCUACCAAUACUAAUUCCUCUUGCAAUGGAUCAGAGAAUAUGAUUUCGG